GAGUCAUCUCAGUCAGUUGCAGUCCUCUGAAUUGGUAACAACGAAUAAGUGUAAAAAUUAAUUUGUGCAAAUGACGUUUACUUGUGCACAUGUGAACUGUUAACUGGAAUUUUCAAAAUGUUGAUUAACAAAUUGAUUUUGCUACUCGUGACUUUUGAAGUGAUAGGUUGCUGCAGUGCUUAUCGAAUAUUGGGCAUUUAUUCUCUACCAAUCAAAAGCCAUUUCAUAAUGAUCAAUCAAUUAUUCAAAGGACUCAUUGAAAAAGGCCACAACGUGGAUUUAAUCAAUACUUUUCCUUUGAAUGAAAAUAAUACGAGCUACAAACAAAUCAUGACGUUGCCCGAUCAUUCAGUUUUAACUUCGAAAACACUAAGAAUCGACGAAUUCGUCGUAAAUUUUAAUAGUAAUUACAGUUUGAUGGGUUUACUUGGAAAUGCUAUUUGCAAAAAUAUUGGCCAUCCAGAAUUGUUAAAGCUGGCUGAAAAUCCACCGAAAGAUCCACCCUAUGACAUCAUAAUUUUACACAUGAUGAACUAUCAUUGUUACAUGAUUCUUGCGCACCGCUGGAAUAUACCAGUUGUGCUCGUCAGCACAACGGCGAUGUAUCCAUGGAUGCAUGACAUGAUUGGCAACCCCGAAAACAUAGCUUUCUCCCCCAACAACAUGAAAACUGUACCGGAGGGCAACGGAUUUUGGGCUCGUCUCGUUAACGCUUACAUAUUUUAUCGCUUGAAAUUUUCCUAUCUUCAUCAAACGCAAUAUCAAAGUGAUUUGUUGAAAAAAUAUUACGGGCCUGAUGCUCCGAAUAUCCGAGAGCUCGAGCAGAGCGUGUCGUUGGUUUUGAUGAACACAUACUUUCCGAUCAACGGUGUCAAGCCAUUGACUACUGGCGUUGUGGAAGUUGGUGGUUUGCAUAUAAAAAAUGAUGGACUCGAGCUCGAUGUCGAUCUGAAAAAAUGGCUCGACGACAGCAAAGACGGUGUGGUAUAUUUUUCGCUUGGAUCGAUGUUCCGAAUUGAAACAUUUCCCGAUCAUGUAUUAGAUAUAAUACUGGAAUCUCUGAGAAAGCUAACCCCAGUCAAAGUGCUUAUGCGAAUUGCAAAAUUAGAAGAAUUGACUAAAAAGUUACCAUCUAACAUACACACUCUUCCAUGGAUACCCCAAGAAAAAGUUUUAAACCAUCCUAACGUCAAAGCAUUCAUAACUCAUGGUGGUUUACUUGGAACGCAAGAAGCUGUUUUUUACGGUGUACCAAUGAUUUGCAUACCACUGCUGGCCGAUCAGUGGACAAAUGCUCAAAAUUAUGUGAGAUUAAAAGUUGCUACAGUGGUUGAUUUCAGAUAUAUGACACAGAAGGAGUUUGAUCAAGCCAUUGAUAAUAUUUUAAAAACUCGUGAAUACGGUGAAAAUGUGAAGAGGUUGUCAAAAUUAUUUCGCGAUAGGCCACAAAGUCCACUGAGCACAGCUAUAUAUUGGAUUGAAUAUGUCAUCAGAAAUGGAAAAAAUUCGUUGAGAUCGCCAGCAAUGGAUUUAAAGUGGUGGCAAAUAUCAUUGUUAGAUAUAUUUUUUGUUACAAUCAUAAUGCCAUUGGUUAUAUUUGCAUUAUUCAUAAUAUUUUUUAUCAGAUUUAUAAAAAGACUAAUAUCAUUUAAGAGAUCUGAAAGCAAAAAGAGACGCUGAUUGUAGUGAUUAAUAAUCCAUUUGGUGUUAUAGUAUAAUUAGAUAAUAAGUAAUUCUAAUAUAUUAAUUCGCAAUUAAGCAAAAUUCUAAAUAUUACACAUCUAUUAUCUGUAAAAAUCGAGUUCUAAUAGAUAUUUACACAUA